AUGCCUCGCGCCAGGGAAAUGAAAUCCCUCAAAAGAUUAUGUCUAGGCGAUGUAGAGAGAGCUGUCGAUGACUGGAUAAAUCGGUUAUCAAUUGAAAAAGUAAGUGAUAGUGGGUCUACUGUCAUUGAUUUACUGGAAAAAGGAGAAGAUGAUGAGCUUUACAAACGUGUAUCGAAUUUUUUCGAUUUAUUGCCACCAACACUAUUGUUGGAUAUUGCAAAGCUUAUUCGUUUCAAAUCCCGCCAGAAUGAGAGGUCUGAUGAAAAUCAGUUGCUGCGGUGUUACCUGGAAAUGCUAAUAUCUGAAGGAAUCAGCAUGGUCAACCAAACAACUGAAAAUGUUGAUGGGUUUCUUCAAGUUGCUUCAAAAAGAUGUCCAUUGUUGAAAGAGUUGGAAGUCACAGGAUGGGUCUUUCCUUACAACCUGGAACCAUACCUCCAUAGAUUUCGACAACUCAGAGUAUUGAACAUUGGAGAACGUGAAAUUGGGGACAGCUGUUUAAUGAUUAUUGGUGCUUUUUGCAAAGAUUUGAGAGAAUUGGAUGUUUCAUUCUGCUCUAAAGUUACAGAUGUUGGAUUAGCAUCAUUGUGUGUCAGUGUUGAUCAUUUGGGAAACCAAAAUGAAUCACUUGGUCUAUGCAAAUCAAUUGUUAAGCUAUGGACCAAUGGAACCCAAGUAACCAAUAGUGGCAUUCAAGUAGCCAUUAAAAAUUUGCCUGAAUUGAAAUACUGUGAUAUGGCCUCAAUUCAAAUCUUGGCAGAGAUGCAUCAACGGGACUUCCAGAGCAAAGAGCAGCUGGAAAUUCCCAAGUAUUCCUUCGUUGAUUUGAAAUUCAAGGAAAAGUACUCUUCACCUUACACUUCGGGGUUCACUCAAGAUGGUGUUGUCUCUUUGUCCGUCCCUGUUAAAAGUGCACAUUACUACGAUAGCUGGAUUGAGGAACGCAGAUCUUUUAUCCCUUAUUUCUGUUGAAAGACUAUGUGAGCUCAUCAACAAAGGAUGUGAGGAUUCAAUUGAAGUUACUUUCGAUGAUGGCGUUACUCCCCUCCUGGAAGCUAAAGGACGGAAUUUGAAGGUACUGAAACUUCAGGAUCUUGACAUCCCUAUCAAUAUCAACACCAUCUGCGAGCUAUGUCCAAAUCUUGACGUCCUAGCAGUCACGGGGAAUCGAAAUUUCAAUCCCUCUCGACCCAAACGGAUCAAGUUGGACAUUCCGAAACUAAAGAAUCUCGUCAAAUUAAGCCUGGGAUCCUACUGUGAUAGUUUCCGUGGUCCCAAUCCCAACUCUUGUAUUCCCUCCGAAAAUCUGGCGUUUCUCUUAUUAUCACCUUUACUUGUGAAAAUCGACAUAAGAAAUUGCGAUACGCUCACAGAUGAUGUGUUACUAACAGCUGCGCAAUCGAAUCCUUUCUUGCAUCUGGAGGAAUUGGUACUACGUGGUUGCGAUUCCAUCACCAACAGAAGUGUCAAUGUGUUUAUGCAAGAAAAUGGAAUCGAGAUAGAAGGUCUUGAUCCUCCACGGCUGCAGUAAACAAAAAGUGUGAUGCGUAAGGAUUUUUUGGCGGGUACUUGAUGGGUAACGGUUUCACUCCAAGUGACGUUAUCACAAAGUGCGCGACGUGUAUUCGCCCAUAUUUUCCUUUUGGCGAGUCGAUCUGUCUUUUGUUUCGUUGAAGUUGUUUUUUAUUUUCACGCGCGGGUUGUGGGGGGGGGACUGAAGUGUCGGCUCGCCGUUAAUCCUUCACGCAAUUUGUUUCUCCCUUUAUUUAUGUAUGUGUAAACCCAAUCAAGAUUUAAUUAACCUUUCACACCAGAAACCGAGUGCCUGUUUGUGCUCCCAUCCAGUUUAAUUGUCAGACGGUUAAU